CCGGAUAUAAACAUGGCUGCUGGUAUACCAACCCUUUCCCAGGUAAGCUGUGUUUUUUUAUUGUCUCAGUGUAAAAGAAUAUCACGAUUGUGACAUUUUGCGUUACUUAACAGUGUCUCAUGUCAUAGUCUUUUUCCCCAUGAGAUCUCUGUGAUUUAUUGGCGAUCGUAAUUUCAUUUCAUCAUCGCAAAUUGAUAAGCUUACUGUUCAAGGUAAAGAUCGAGCUGAGUGUUGGAAUUAAAAGGGCAUUGAAUUUAUGUUUGUGGCGCAUUCAGCAGACAUCAGCUGUUCCAUAUGUCUUCCUUUGUUUAAAAAUAUGUUUUGCAAAUCACUGUUGUGAAGAUUCCUGUGGAUUGUUUAAACGGAGCCUUUUUUACCACUGCUACAAAUACUUCUAUGGCUUAUCUAAAGUGAACCUCAAUCUUAUAUUGACUGCAACAAACACACUUUGAUUGUCCAUUUGGUCGAUUUUGCAAAAAGUGCUUUUAGGGCGAUUAUAUCUCGAUGCAAAUCAUCUUAAAUUCACAUGGUCUAUUUUUUUCCGAGACGGAGUCUAGAUCUAUCAGCAUCAGCAUGGUAUAAAUCAAUUAGUCCUUUGAUUUAAAACAAAUCCCCCGCCGCAGAUCGUCUUGUUUCUUUCGUGACAUCAUGCCUUUACGCCCCUCUUAUAUCAAAAUAGAUAGAAUAUCUAAGAUAAUUUUCUUAUCAUGUGGUAAACAUUCACGCAUUUGUUGUUUUUCCUUUGCUCAUAGCUCUCGGCGGGACAUGCGACUGUCUAUGAAAGUUUUUUCAGACAAGUAAGCCUGUUAAUUUAUAAUGAAUCCUUUUUUCUUUUUAUACGCGUGACUUACCUGUGCUAAUUUUGUAAUCAUAGGGUAUACUAUUUAUAUUAUGACUACACUUGAAACACUCAAAAGUAAAAAAAAAGUUUCUUAUACUUACACGUUAUUUUGGUCAGUAAAGACCGUCAAAUUUCAUUUUGAAAGCAGCAUUUAUGAGAUGAAUCAAUCUAAACAUCACACAGAUAUAUAGUAGACAAGUGAUUGGGACCAGGCAGUGUUUAUUUACAUUCCACAGUGCAAUAAACCACUAGACUAUUAACAAUUCAACGUAAACGAUAAGAAAGAGGAUACUACAGCCAUACAAUGAAAUCAACCGAAAAAUUACAAAAUGAAGAAACAAAAACAAAACAACGAACAAUCAAACUGCCUUAGGUGUGGGUGGGGGGGAAGCGAAAAUACAAGCUAUUUAAAAAUGCUAUAAUUGCUGUUGCUAGUAAAGCGUAGGUUCAAAUGAACUCAAAUAGCUAUACAUCUAAUACGAAACGUGCUAGGUUGGGCAAUCCCCUGAGACUUACUAGCGUGGACUAUUUUGAUUGGUUCUAAUAAAGUCUUGUGAUAAUACAAUGAAAGUUGCUCAAUAUGAAAAUACGGACUAUGAACCCUUCCUGCCCCCAACCAGGGCCUCUCUGCUACCAAUGUCUAGAUUUAUAUUAAUAGGAUUAAUAUUCACAUUAAUCUAACUGCCACUUUGUCUAAUCUUCGUACUCUUGUACUAGCCUACAAAUACAUAAUUUAAACAUAGAGAUCAGACAGUGUAUCAAGUAAUCUCUUACAUGAUGUUAAAAUCAAUGGAAAAGUACAAAACUGUCACUCCAAAAAGUGGUAGCGACCACGAGGUGGUUAUUUACAUGGAGUUCCAACUGCAGGUCUUUCACUGGGAAGGUUUUGGUGUCUUGGAUUGAUGGUCACUUAAUAGGUAGUCGAACAUGGAGGUUUGACAGUACUUAUUCCCAUAAUACUUCCCAGCCUGUUUUCUCCAUACCCCAGGGGAGUAUAUUCAACAAAGGUUUGUACAGGGAAUCUCCCCCCUGAGGUCCAACUCCUCAACAUUUUAAUUACCAUUUUUGACAGACAAGAUACCCCUUUUAAACCCCAUCUAUUCACAGAUGGUACCCCUUUCGCACACCUAGUUUAGAACUUUGCAUCUCUGUUAACACUGCUGUGUCUUUAAAAUAUGAAUAAAUUACAAAGCCAGAACAAUUUCUUGACUUUUUUCACUGUCAAAAAAUACAUCUGUUAGCCCAUUUGGGCUUCCUUACAGACCAAAAUAAGAGAUUUUCAUGCUCUUUCAUGUAUCUGUUACCAGUGAAGCUGGGAAAAGGUACCCCGGCUUUCGGGGGAGCCUUCCCACAUAGGCCCUUGUAGGGAAUACCUCCCCCCGCCCCCCACUAUGCAGUUUACCAGUUGGUUUGAUUCCAGAUUUUCCCUUACCAUAGUUUGGUCAUAGCCUGGGGGUGGGGGGACAGUCCCUUACUUGACCUAGAUGGGUAUAUGCUGCUGAAAAGGGUAUAGUUUUCAGCAUCUCGAAUGAAAAGGGUAUAUUAUUUCACUAUUUGGCAACUUUAACAGGGUGUGAUUUUGGACCAGAAGCUUUUAAAGAGUUUGAAGGCUGCUUUAUACAUUUGUGACACCAACAUUUUUUUCCAAAAAAUUAGUUAAAAUGAGUUUUUGUAAAUUACAUAAUUCUGUAUGCAUAACGAGACAAAUCAGGAUCUUAAAAUAAGGUCUCUUGUCCUAAACAGGAUAGCGAAAUGAGUAAUUUCUGUCAUAAACAGUGUUAGGUUUUGAAGACUUCAAUUGACGACACACCUCUACCCAGACCAGACUUCCCUUUAGUGCUGCUUCCCCCCCCCCCCCCAGGGGCCUAGCCUUCUUCUUAUAGCAGGGUAGAUCAGCUAGGUUUUUAUUAGGUUCUCAGAGUGCAGAUCUCAGGCAUGUUUUAAACAGCUUAGCACAUUUAUUUAUUGUUAACAAGACUUGUUCUGGUUAAAAAAAGGCUGAUGUUUCCAACACUGGUCAGAUUGGUGCUUCAGAUGCAGCAGCUUUCUUAAAAAAAUCUGGUUUAAAGGAAGGUGUUCUACAUAAGGUGAGUAGAGCAUUUUUUCCAGAAUUUCACCAGCUGGUUCUCUUGCUGUUGCAUAAAAGGAUGAAUGUUCAACAUCUAGCCAAAAUUCUGAGACACACAACAGAUGGAAAGGAGACUUACUUAAUUGCAAGCAAUGAAUUGAAUUAAUCUGUUUGCUUACCUUUUAAAUUUGCUUUUAUCAUAAGUGAAGAUUUUGGAAGUUACUGGCAGUAAAAAGUUAUAAAUUUGUGUUGUUGCAAUAUCCCUUUUCCUCACAGAUUUGGGAGCUCGCUGACCCUCAGGGAACUGGAUUCUUAGACAAACAGGUAAAUUAGAUAGAUACAAGAAGAAAGGAACAAGCCACCUUGCCAACUAGUUAUUGUUAUGACAUUGAUUUAUGUGCGUGGGAAGCUUUUUCUAUUAUUAUUUUCAAAUUUUAUGGAAAAAUCUGGGGAUAGCUUACAAAAUAUGUAGAAAUAACAUGUAAAGAGAUAAACCUCCCUCAUGCAGAAUGUACAGGGUGCAAAGAAAAUCAUUUUUACAGCUUGCCAUUCGGGCAAACUGCAGCUAGCAUUUACUAGCCCAAACGUCAUUACAACUAGCCCCAAAAGCUUUUUGAUGAGUAGAACUGAUUUCACAGUUCUUCUGUUAUUCAAAUUGCUCAAAAAACAUCACUUGCCCGUCAAAAACAGAAUUCAUUAGCCUGAUAGCAAAAUCCAAUAGCCCUGGGCUAUCAGACAUUAAGUCUUUCUUUGCACACUGUGCCAAACAAAGUCACGGUCCACGCCCAGGGGGGGGGCACUCCCAUAUGAAACAGACGGGGAUGCUCGUCGGAAAUUUUGAAUUUAACCCCUAAAGGAGACCAUCUGGGCGUGGCUCAAGCUCUUUGUGACCCCUAAAGGAGACCAAUCUGGGCGUAGCUUGAGGAAAUUUUGACCCUAAAAGAGACCGCUUAAAAACACACAAAUACGACAUGCAAUGAGUUUUAAUGAUGUAAAGACAUAAUCAUCGUGAUCGUUUUGUAAUUUUGUAAGCGCUAAACCCGCUGAGUUUCCUGUUAUAGACAAACAAUAGACAAAGCACGAAGACAUCUUGUAAUAACGCUUCCUUUAUUGUCACUGAUUAAUCGGAUUAUAAUGUUCUCUACUGUUUGUAGAAAUCUUUGAUCUAUAAUCACUGAGGUAAUGCGGUAAACAAAACAAGUUAAAAAGACAAUUUGACUUCUGUUUCUCUUUGUGUAAUUCUGUGUUUCUUGGCGGAACCCUAAAUGAGACCUUGGUGGCUCCAUGUCACAAAGGUGUAUGAGCUGUAAGUAGAUUUAGGGGUUUAUGACCAGAAGUUUACCAUCUUUAUUUGAACCAAGAGAACUGUUCAUAGUAAACAAGUGUUUCUAUCGUGGACAUGUCCAUGAGGAGAGCUUUGUUGUGUAAUCCUUUUUUAAAACAUUUGACUGGGUAGUACCGCUUCUAAGUGCAGACUUGUCAUCAUUAAAAAUAGUGCAGAUAAACAUGCAGGAACAAACCUUGCAAAAUAGUUUAUUAUUAUAUCCUGUAAAUGAUAACCAUUUUCUUUUUUCAUUUACAGAGAUUUUUCUUGGCUCUGAGACUGAUUGCUUUGGCACAGAAUGGAAAAGAUGUCUCCCUAUCAAAUUUAACUUUACUUGUUCCUGCACCUAAAGUGGUAAGCUAAGUGCAUGAUAAAAUUAUUCAGGAUUUGUAUGACACCAUAUUGCUGUUAAACCAUUUUGCUAUUAAUUUUUUUAUACAGUGAGCUUUCAAUCUCUUCAUGUUCUGGAAGCAACAAAUAAUAUAAUUUAUAGUUUCUUAUGUACAGAGUACCACUACUUGUAUUGUUCCAUACAUAUGGUCUCUAUAGGGACAUAAACAGGUCUAGGACAAUAAUUAUUCUGCUUAUUCAGAGGGAAUUUAUUUCAUACAUUUCAGUAACCAAACAAAGAGUACCAUGCCAGUGCCACUAAAAGUGCCUUUUAUAAGUGGCUUUUUUCAUACACAUACAGUUGUAAAGUGAACAUUGACAUUCAGAAAUACAGAGCCAAAUGCAUUGUCUUAUUAGAGUUUUUUGUCAACAUAAAAUUAUCUGUAGCCAGCGAAGAUCAUACUUUGUGUCAAGUGGUUGCUCACGCAAGGUUUACAAAUUGAUCGGUGAAUUUUAAAUCCAUUACAAAAAUUGAUGAGGUGCUCCUUCACCAGAGGACUUAAAAAUAAAUUUGCUUUGAAUUAGUGGUUGACCAUAUGAACAGUGACUCCUCAAGAGAAGAGCUGUCAUGUACUCGGAGGCUUAAUACAUGUACAAUCAGUGGCAAACAGUCAAAGAGCAAAACUGUCAUAACAUUAGCUGUCGUGAGAGUGUCAAGGGAAUUAUUUGGAAUUAAAUAAAAAGAAAACAAAACAAAACAGUAAGAUUGUGUCCUACUACUGAGGUUUUUUUUUUCAAUUUUUCCAGGAACUUGUGCCCCCUGCUGUCCCUCCCCCGCAAGAGAGCACUCUCUGGGCUGUAAAAGCUGCUGAAAAGGCAAAGUAUGACAACAUUUUUGAGGUAAGCCAGUUGUCCUGAAAACUUGAAUCAUUAUAAGUUUCUGAGAAACUGCCCACCCCUCCCCUAAGCCCCUAAAAUUAGAAAAAACAGUAAAAAAUACUAUGCAAAGGUUCUGUCAAGAUUUUUCAUUUGAUUAUGAUAACACCAUAGGAUUUCAUCCGCCGAUUAUUUUACUGUAACUUGGUCUUAAGUUGAAAGGAUUGAUUAUCUAAAGUUAUUUUCAUUUGGCAUGUUAUUUUAGGGCCUAAAACCUGUUAAUGGACUUCUCCCAGGCGACAAAGUCAAACCUGUAAGUGAGAAGUUUCUAAUUUAUGUUAUAUAGUUUCACCAAUAAUCGUGUUUUAAGAUGUAAAACAUGUAUCUGUCUGCAUCUGUCUGAGAAUAACACACCUAAUAACUCUUUGUCCUGUUUGAUAUAUUAUAUGAACUUAAUGAUUACUGUUGUCUACGUAUGUGGCAGUCAGUGGCUUGCUAUGGCCCUUGAUUAUAUUAUAAUUCUGUGGUUUUGUUCAACUUCAGGUGUUACUGAACUCUAAGCUUCCUAUUGAUGUACUUGGUCGAGUCUGGGAGCUGGCUGAUAUUGACAAAGAUGGCAUGUUAGACAAUGAUGAGUUUGCUGUGGUAAGAAUGAAAGAGGCUACUCUAAACGAUAUGCUAGUAUAUCACACCUAAAACAGUACAAAUCUUACCAUUAACACUGCUGGACAGAGCCAGGUUUUUUUCAGUUAAGGACUGUCCAUCUUAUAGAGUUAUCUUCUGCUCAAACAUCAGCUGUCCACAAUAGGAUGGGUUAGCCUAGUGUCACUUCCUUAAUACAGAUGCCAGGUGGAUAGAGCCAAAUCUCUGCAAGUACAGAGGUGUUCGUUGAAUAUUGAUUGUAUACAACUCACUUUGACUCUGAAGAUGACUACUGCACAGGUUGUCGAAAUGUCAGUCACUGUCAACAACAACAGUCCUAUACAGGACUACGUUCACCCGGACGAUCAAACUCGACCUACUUUUGAAAUGAAUCCUGGGUUCAAAGCCUUUCACAUUGAUUGUAUGACUUUCAGUUUUUUUGGCCUCUUACCAAGAGAUUCAUUCUAAGCGCUUUGUCACAUGUUCCUCUAGGCUUCUGUGGGCUAAGUAAACCGCUUGCAAUAAAGAGAUGCUUGUAUUGUAGAGCUAAAUUAGGAAUUGUUUGGGAUCCUUGGGACUUAGUUAACUGUCUACAACAUAGCGAUGUCAUUAAUGUUAUCAGUGGCGUAUCCAGGGGAGGGGCCUGAAGGGCCAAAAAAAAUUUGUUUAAGACCGCCCCCCCCCUUUUCUCAGGUUCUCGGUGACCAGGCCCCCCCCCCAAUCUGAAGGGCUGGACCUGCCGCUGAUUAUGGAGUAUCAGUUGUCUAUAAGGAGAGUUUUUAGAGUGUUAAUACACCAUCUUAUGGAUGUACUCCUUCUGAUUUGUUUGUUUGUUUGUUUAUGUUUGUAACAGGCCAUGCACCUUGUUUACCGUGCCUUAGAGGGAGAUCCUGUACCACUGACACUCCAUGGCAAACUCAUUCCUCCUUCAAAGCGAAAGUUAAAGCUGACAUCAUCAGCCCCCUCUUCACCAUCUCCCCAGAGUCACACCCCUCCUUCAAUGAGUAGUUCAGUUCUCUCUGUUACAGUGAGUUGUUAGACAAUAUUUUAUCUCAGUCAACUGUAAGCUAACGCUUAUAAGCUCCCCCACGUACAAGCCGUCUUAAUUAUAGGCCUAUCUAGCUGUGAGCAAAAAAAAUGUAUGCGAUUAUAUGAGCCCUGCAGAUACAAGACAUCCUCCAAAUGUAUUGAAAUGAAUUAAUUUGAUUUAUUAUGACGCUUUAAAGCUUACAUGUAAUUAAAACAAACAGUAAAUGCAUAACGAAUUUUGAUCAGCGCUGCUAUAGCUUGUUUUGAAGCAUUUUUUCUAUUCUGGUUAUAAGUUCCCCUGGAUAGUAGCCCCUUCGUUUAUAAGCCCUCUAAAACCCUUACAAAGCUAAACCCAGGGCAUGUAAGCAACAGUUUAUGGUGUAUCAUAUGGUUAGCAACGAUUAACAAAGUUAGGAGUGUGUUUUUUAGUGGUGUAAGCUGUCUCUGUAAAAAACAUAAAGAAGCUGAAGCUAUAGACUGAUUGCAGUCCCUCGUGCGAGCGAACGAGCGAGGCAAAUGCACGAGGAAGAAGACACGUGAUACGUGGCCAUUUUUAGUUUAACAUGUCAAUGGUUCAUUGUUACCUAAAGAGUUCAGACGUACCAGUCAGACUUGCUGUAUACUUUGCAGACCUCUCAAGAAGUUCCGUGGGUGGUAACAAGUAGUGACAAGUCACGGUAUGACACCAUGUUCAAGCAGGCUGAUAAGGAUGCUGAUGGACUUGUUUCUGGUAAAAGAAAUUGUUGUAUAGUUCAUUUUUUUCCCAAACAGAAUGCUCUCUCAUUGGUUACUUCGAGCUCACAUGACAUCUAAAAAUAAAACUUUUUCCCGCCAAAAAUCUGUUAGCGGGCAGCGUUGCAAAACUAUGACGUCAAAGGGUCAGGGAAUGCCAAUGCAUAAGGACCGUGAAAUGACCUGAGAACAGUAUACAUGGAUCAAUACUUAAGGGCUGGUUUUCAUUAGUCUCAUUAGCGUAUGAGUAGACUCCCACACAGGACGUUAGGGAGUUUUAGCAAAGAUGACGACGACGGUCGGGAUAACGUCAGAAAACAAUAGAGCUUAUUCACUCAGGUGGCCAGCAUCUAUGCUAAUUUAUACGGACAAAAGAAAGUUUUUACAUAAUAAAAGAGUUCAAUUCCCACAGGGUUGUCUUGGUACACCAACAUGGCCGCCGUUUCAUUGUUUUGGAAGACCAAUAAAAGUUUGCACGUGCAUCACGCUUUUUUGUAGGAGGACGUACACAAGCGACGACGAAAUUUUCGUUCUUUUUCUGACCUUGAGUGCAGUCCCCAAGAUAUAAACUUUAGUGAAAUUUGCCUACAUUAGACAUUUGCAACGAAUUGGAAUUUUAAAAAAAACGCUAAUUCAUUUUAAAAGUGACGUUUUCGCUGCCGUCGUCGUCGUCGAUGCUAAAACUCCCUGUUCUUUUGGCUCGUCACGCAAUCCUCCAAGGAAUGCUUGACGAAACCCUAAGAAAGUCUAACAACGAAGAGCCGGAGUCGUAAUCAGAGGCGAUAAACGUCAUGAUCCAUUCAAAGCGGUUCUCCGCUUCCAGUUACGACUCCGCAGUUCAGGAUCUUGUGAAAACUGGAGGUAGUCAAAGGCCCAAACAAAAGGGGCAGAUUAAGCCAAUCACAACUCGUAGGGGCGAGCCUUGUGAUCAGUUUGUCCUUCUGCUUCUGCUUCUGUCUCUGACAAUCUGGUUUUCACUAGGUCUUCAUAGUAUUCAUAAUUUUGAGAACUUGAUUUUUCCACCUCAAAGAGAAGACCGUCGUUAUAGUAGCAAAUUUUUGUUAGUUUGUUUAAUGUUACUGAUGAUAGGCCUUAACAAGUAACGUAAUACAGGGGACUUAAAAGACUCAGACCAAUAGCCAGUUCCACGUCACAACAUCAUAGCUAACAAACAUUAGUUUCCGCAAAUUACACCAAGAAACACCCCAAUUUUCCUUCUUUGUUGACUUACAGGAGAGGAAGUUAAAAACAUAUUUAUGGCAUCCGGACUUCCGCAACAAGUGCUUGCUCACAUCUGGUAAGAUAGUUGUCUUCCUUUUUUGUUCUCUGCUAAACUGCAAACAAUCAAACCUAACGUUAGCCCUAAAAAUGCUGCAGGUGGUCAUUGUUCGUCCUACAACCUCGUCUCCAGGGCGCUUUCCCUGGCUUUGGCCUUGGAGGUGGGAUCACACCUCCAAAGCCAGUGAAAAGCGCCCUGGGGACGAGUUGUGCAUCCUACUGCCACGUUCAGGAGUUUCCCAUGCAAGAAUCCAGGUUUUUGUCGCUUUUGCGCGUUUUGAGAAGCUAUGCUGUUUAAAGCCGGGUGGCUCUCUUUUCAAUUUUCUAUUGUCAAUUACAAUGUUUGAAAACACCUUUACUUUGCCCAGACUCCCAAUUCUAGUUUCAUUCAUAAACUGAACAGUUAGAACCACGUUUUAUGCCAUAGUGAGGAGUACUGUGGGGAAAUGCUGGUAAACAGUUUUCCCUUGAAUUUUGCCAGGAUUACGUCUCUACAUUCUUCCUGUUUAGUGUAACUGAAAAUAUCGUGAUAUAAUAGACCAUUUCUGUACCUUAACCCUCUUUUCAAAACGAGGGCUAAUGCAUAUUCUGUUAUGAAAAUGAUUUCUUUUCUCAUUCAAGGCAACGUCACAUGAAAGAUUUUGAGGGAAAGAUUUCUGAGGGGUUUUGGAACUCGAAAAGGGCCUAUUGUGACCCAAAACUACUGAAAUACGUAAUUAACACUUUAAUCUAUGUGAAAGGUUUGAACCUAGGAUUCAUUUCGGAAGUACAUGUGCUAUAGUCGUCUUCCAAGUCAAAGUGACUCUGAAGAUGACUACCGCACAGGUUGUCGAAACGUCAGUCACUGUCAACAUCAGUCCAAUUCAGGACUACGCUCACACGGACGAUCGUACUCCACCUAAUUACUUUAAUCUCUGUUUAAGGGGGCUCUGUGACGUGACAAACCAAGGACGUUUGAAUUCUGAACAGUUUUCGUUGGCCAUGUACCUUAUUCAUCAAAAAGUCAUGGGAGUCGAUCCACCACAGACUCUUAGUGCAGAGAUGGUACCGCCCUCAAUGAGAAAUGGAAGUGCUUCCACGCCCACGGCCACAGGGGAGGACAGGGUAGGUGUUACUGUAAGAUGUUAGUGUUAAUCUGGGGAGGGGUGUGGAAUGGGAAACGAAUCACCAGGUAUGGGCGGGGAUCGGCGGCGUGCUGCGACGACAAGUCAUCAGGAAAACCUUGUCGUGUGUACUGACACUGCGGCGGGUCACGAGAAUCAAGGGUCAUGAAUGAUGCUCUCUCAUUGGUCGGUUUUGAUUUUGUAGUGGGGACAGAUCGUAUCAAGCGCACACACGGUGGGUUACUUUGUCUCUGCGACUCAUUGCACAAAAUUAUUCCAGCGUAGAUUUAUGUGGUAUGUCACUGCAACCAAAUCUUCGUCACCACAACAGUAUCUAUGGUUUGAUCAGGCGAGGGAACUACUGUAGCCGGCCAUGGGUCCCAGCAACGAAUCGAUGCAAAAUGUUGCCGAGUGCCGUGUUGAGCGGUUAGCAUUGGAUUCCAUCGGCCCGAAACCCUUUGGAUACCUUUCGAAGUUUACAUAACGUAGUAUUUCUCAUUGCUUCUACACUAUUUAUCUACAGCACAAGGGAAACCAAAGCCAGAAGAAUGUGUAUGCUUCUUAAGGUGUCCAAGAGGUUUUAGGCCAAUGGGAUCCAUUGCUAACCGUGUUAAGCUUUACAGACGCCUCAUGGUGCGUUUGCCUUGUUUACGUAAUUGACGUCAUCAACAUAAACUCAGUUUUGUGGGUAAAAGACAAAAGGUUGAUACAAGUUUUAGACUGUAACUUUGAAUAAAUAUUAAAUAGGCUUGUUGUGGUUUCCUUUUAGCAGGACGGGACAGCUGCUGGAAGCGUUGUUUCAAGCCUGAAUGAUUUUAGCGCCAUCAAAGAGCUUGAUAAAAUAAGCAAAGAAAUUGAAGAAUUAGGGAGGCAAGUUAUAAGUUUUGUUUCUGUGGUUUAGCAAAUGAUCAAAAUUAAUACUAAACUGUUCUAUGUGCAUGUUAUUUCUUUAACAGAGAAAAAGCCAAUCUACAGCGUGAAAUAGAAGAAAAAGAGGACAUGAUUAGACAAAGAAAUGGAGAAAUACAGGUAUAGCUCGAUAUUGAUGCAACAUUAGUGGCGUAAAACAUCAUUCACGGUAAACUGUACCAUUACCAAUAAAGUUUUGUUGUUGUUGUUGUUGUUUACUGCAAAGCGAUCUCGUGACCGUUCUCCAUUUAUAACGGUUGCUGCAAACUUUUCCUUUUUAAGACAUCUUGCCAAAAAUGGGGUUUCUUAAUGUAUCCAUUUACUCACUAAGUAGUCUCCAUUGAACUCCCGUACACAGUAGAACCAUCUUGUGAACAUUUUGCACACACGUCGAUGUUACAACAUGUCCUUAAGUGCCUUCUAGCGUAGAGAGACAUAAUGGUGCCAUUUAUACGAAGAAAAAUAAGACGCGAACUGUACAAUUACACGAGCAUGUCUUAUCUAAGACGAGAACAGCUCGUAUAAAUCGUCUUAUUUCUGUUCUUGACUCGUUUUCAUGUGAAUAUUGCCCGUAGCAACGGCAGUCCAACAUGGCGCGCCAAAACUUAACGCAUGCGUACUAUGCGUUCGCGUCUUAUGUAAGACGCGAAGGUCAUUUAUUCGAAGUUUUUCUCGUCUUAGCUAAGACGCGUUUUAUAAGACGCGUCUCAGCUAAGUCGCGUCUUAUUUUCGACGAAAUGUGCCGUUCAUUCGGAAAGUUCGCGUUCUAUGUAAGACGCGUCUUAUUUUUCCUUGUAUGAAUAGCCCUAAUGAUGAUGAUGUCGAUGACUAUGGCAUUGAUGAAUAUGGUAAAAAUGGGUUGCAGAGGGGACAAGGAGGAGGAGAAGUACAGUGACAAUGACAAUCAUCAUCAUCAUACAAAACUGUACUUCAUUUGAGUGUCAAUAUAGUUAGCACGGAAGUGCUAAUUGAGUACACUAGUUUUACUUCUCCUUCUAGAGACAGGACCGCCAUUUUACGAAGUCAUCCGAGCCAUGCGAAGGUCUAGCCGUUUGCAGGGCAAAGGCAGUACCUUCAUUUCUCAGUUAUUUUAAGACCCUGACUGUUGGCUCGGCCUCGGAAAUCGAACCCGCGACCUUCCGCUCAGCGGCUCUACCGACUGAGCUAAUCCUGCCGCGGUAAAGAGACCUCAUCGUCAUCAGCAGCAUCAUGAUAGACGUUAAAACCAUACAUACUUAAUUUUUAACUGUCUAAGGACUUAGAAAGAAAGGAAAGGAAAGACAAGGUUGUACCAAGAGAGAAUGGUGCAUGGAUAUGCAGAAAACUUACUUUAUCUGUUGUUUAUUUGGACACAGAAUCUACAAACUGAGCUGGAGAAAACCAAAGUAAAGUACCAAGAAUUAGAGAAACAGAAGGCGGACGCUCAGAGCAAACUUGAUGAGUUGGAUAAGGAGGUUAGAAUGAAAGAUGUUUUUUUCUGCUGAUGUGUUGUGUCCUGACGGAUGUUUGAAGCUCACGCACCUCGCAUGCGACAAUCCUCGCUUUUGGCGCCAUGCGCAUUUCUAGCAGGGAAUAUAAUUAAGAGAGAGUGCAAAACGAUUUAUUUGCAGUCAAAAACGUAUAAUUGUGGUAUGAACGGUGCAGGAGAGUAAUGGGUGUUGUUCUUUUAUUCCCAGAAAGCGAAAUAUGAAGAGAUGCUGAAGGAUGCUAAACAAAAAUGUGACGAAGAAACAAAAACUGUGAGUAUUUUCCUUUGAUACGAGCCUUCCCUUUACCUUUUUGUUGUUGUUGUUGUUGUUGCUGUUGCUGUUGUUUUGUUUGUUUUUUUUUUGCACAAAAGACAUCAUAGGACAAAAGGAAAAUAACAAAUAUCAGGAAUGGAUAGUGUUUUGGGCGUGAGUCUGACUGACUAUUCAAGUUCAGGGUUGUUUCAUGGCAUUCACGGUCGCCACAAUGAUUCACCUGUGUGUUAUGCACCAUUCGUUUUCACGCGCGUCCUUCGUGUUUUCUCGCAUCUGAUUUUCUCCUCCCCGUCUCACGCCUUCGAACCUCUUCCACGCAACUAGGUAGUGAAUAACAACUAAACAGCUGGAAGUUUAUGGCUUAAAGAGCUGUCAGAAGAAAACAGUUCUAUUUCCAAACAAAAUUCGAUAAAGUGAAUUUUUUCUGUUUUUCUUGUUAGAUAAACAGCUUACAAGCGCAAAUUGCCUCUUCAAGACAGUCCGCCCUGGUAAGUAGAAUCGCCCCACUCUCUAGGGGAAAAAAUGUUUCUAGCGAUCGAAAAUUAUUUUUUUUAGUAAAAAUUUUCCUUUUUUUUCUUAUUUUCAAGCACCAAGAGGAAGAAUUAAGUCAAGCAAGAGACGAAUUAAACAAGUUGAGAGAAGAUGAAACGAAGCUUGAACGAGAAGUAAGAAAUAAUGACCUUAUAAAAUGAGGGGAAAUGCUCUGUUUUCUUUUUCUUUCUUUCCGUUUUCUUCUUUUUAUUCUCGUCACUUUGGGAGAAGGUGCUAUCUUCUUCUCUCUUCUACAAAUUCCUUUAUAAACUAUUAUUUCUUAAAAGGAAAUGACUGACGCAGUAACUUAAACCGAAAUUGUAUGCCUUGUUAUUUUUUAACAGAUCGAAUCAAGUAAAGAACAUUUGGAGGCUGUACAAAAACAAAUCAAAUCUGUUCAGACAGAGUUAUCACAGGUAACGAUCACAACAGGGCAAUUUUAGGUGGGAGAUGUGUACAUGUGGAAUUAAACCUCUCUGGUUGAAGUAGAGGUACCCCAGGCUCCUUUGCAGCCGCUCGAGCCGGAGUCACGCAUUCUCCCCGGAGCUUUGCGUGACUCCCUCCUGAGCGGUCGCGAAGGAGACCAGAGAUAACCUGCUUAUCAACAAAAUCAUUACUUCAAGUAGAUCAGUACUUGGUUCAGGAACAAUUCGUUUCACUCCAGUUAUUGACUCGUUCAGUUACUGGCAGAAGUCACAGCUUUUGUUGAAAGACUAACUGUCAUGUAGGAGUUACAGGCACUAGUAUUUGGAAAGAGAUUAUCUUGCAUUUGCACAACGCAGAUGUAAGAUUACAAAAAAAAAGGAAACUAUAAUAAUGGUGUUUGUCAGCAGUUUGUAAAUCGAACUUUAAGAAAUAAUUCAAAGGAUUUGUUCUAAGUGGCUUUGUUAUGAGUUUGUUUUUAAGCAUUGUUUUGAGGGAACAUUUUCUGGAGACAAAAUGCUUUUCUUUGCUUCUGUAGUGUUUGUCUCUGUUAUUUUUAUGGGUAAUAGCAUGAUUUGUAGUGAUAUUUGGCAUAAAUACCACGAGUGAUUUUUCGAAAUUGUUACACAUAAUUUCACGAGCCGUUAUGCGAGUGAAAUUUGGGACAAUUUUGAAAUAUCACGAGUGGUAUUUAUGCCAAAUGUCAUAUACAAACCAUGCUAUUAUUUGUUUAUACUACUACCAGCAAAAGGUUUGUAAUUUUCACAUGUAGGUAUUUCAAAUUAACCUGAAAUACCACUGCUCUAAGCCAAUCAAAUUGCAGAAAUUUCUCAUGUAGUAGUAUAAUAAUCCAUAUAAUCACACUCAUUUCGCGACAGUCCUGAAUACAAACGUUUCUCUCCAUGAAGUCACUCUCGCCUGAUUGUAAAUUUUUGUUCCUUAUCUAUUGUUGAUAGUGUCAAUUCGUUUUGUAGGUUAGAUCAAAGGUGUCAACGCUGGAAGAAACGAACAAUAGUCUAAACGCCAAUAUUGCGCAUUACAACUCUCUGAUGAACUCAAAUAGCGUGGCCAGUGGUCCCGCCCCUAUUCCUGAUUUUACGCCACUUCAUGAUGCCUUUGAUAUGACACCGACUCCUUCUGAAGCGGACGCUAUGAGCGUUAGAGCGACGGUAAGCUACGAGAAUGAACUACAGUUUCGUUCAACGCAUGUAGAAAAGGGCAGCAGUAUUUCAUUUCGAUAGACUACGCUGAGUAAUAAAGAAAACCAAGCUUUCUGAAAGGAGAAAAUGAAACCUCUUCUAUUGGCGGAAUAAUACCAGUGGGGGAUGCAGACCUUUAGAUAAGGGGGAGGGGGAGGGGCGAUCAUCUAGACCCUGACGUAAGGCGGAGGGGGGGGGGGCGGUCCUCGGGCCUCAGAUUGGUCUAAAAAUAGGGGGAGGCCCGGGCCCCCCGGGCUCCUCCCCUGGGUCCGCCACUGAAUAAGAUUAAGUAUUGGCGUUAGAUCCGUUUUUGCUCUGAUUGGUUAAUUUAAACUGUGUCUGACUAAGCAGCCAUUAAAAAAGCUAGCCAUUCUCAACGAUAAAAAAGGUGGUGUCUUAAAUUUUUCUUUGUUUGCUUUUCUGUAGGCAGGAAGCAGUCCCGUUAGUAGUAUUAGUGGUUUUAGUGUUGGAUCUGGUCGAGUUGAUGAAGCUGUGGACGAUUUUAAGGUAUAUUUAGUUCUACAGUGCUGUUUUGAAUGGUCCAUUUUCGAGUUCGCUAUGACCGCUGAAUUUAAGAAGUGAAAACGCAUUUUUUACAGCCUUAGCCUCAAUCUGAAGUAAUAUAUUCACAAAUUCCAACGAGAAAAAGACCUGUUAUUACUCUGUCUUUUGUGUAUAUUCAAAUUUCAAACACUUGCUUGCCAGAAUUUCUGAAUAUUUUACUUUACGUCGAGGCUAACCCUGUAUGAAUGUGUCGUUAAUGUUUAUUCAGCGGUAAUUUUCAAUUCGAAACUGGACUAUUCUUUCUCCUGAUUAGCUAAGACUUAACGAGCAAAUGAAACAAAGUUAAAUCUUUUCUCUUUUAGGAUUCAGAUCCCUUCAAGAGUAAAGAAAAUUUAUUUAGUUCCUCAGAAGCAGGUAAGCUCCAAUGUGCGCCAUGGUUUUCAAUGAUUGACGGUUUUUUUUUUUCUAAGCCAUUGUAAUGUCUUAGAGUCCUAUCCAGUUGUCCUUAAAAUCGUUUCUCCCGAGAGUCUCAAUAUCAGUGUUCAUCCUCCAGUGUUUUCUCACUAAAAGCAACCGUAAUAUGGAAAAUGCCGUGCUGGAUUGACCUUUCAGAUUGCCGAAAAGCGGAUGACGUCAAAGAGGACAGAACCCAAGCGUGUCGCUUCCCGCGUUUGCUUCUUUUCCCUGAGCUAUGAAAAUUGUUUGUUCACUUGUUUUGAUAAACUAGUUAAAUGGCUGGCGGUCAUUCACAAAUUCGUGUUUGUCUCGAAAUCGAUAUUUGCAAAUCAUAAGCCAAUAUUCUCAAACGCCAACAUGAGAGUUCCCUCCUUGCAUGGAAGUGUUUUGGUCACUUCCUAAUCAUUAAAAAUCGUGAGAAAAAUCGCUCCUUGACAAGGUAUGCAAGCUCUGACGUUAUAUUCAUUUGUUACUGAAAGUAAAAGCGAAUAAGCAUGAACUGUCUCUUCUAUUUCAGAAUCUAACGACCCCUUUCACGUGGACGAUCCCUUCAAGACAGACCCAUUUCAUUAUAAAAGCGUCUCUUUCGCAGAUCCGUUUACAGCGGAUCCUUUUGAGGUGAGAAACUAGUAACAUGGCUGAUUUCAAUAGUUUUAUCCAAAACAUUUUCCCAGCUAAACACCUUACUCCAAAACUACCUUUUUUAUUCUUAUGUUAAUUAGCCCUCUUUGCCUCGCUUACGUCUGCAAAAUUCGUAGGAGCUUUUACCUCGAAAACGAUGAAACGAUGAAACGAUGCAUUUAUGGCCAAUUAUUAUGAUGACAAAAGAGUAACAAAAUUUGACGCCAUUUUGACCGUUUGACCGCUGGUCGUGCAAAAACAUUCUUCCCUACAGUACGCUAGCUCUUCGAACUUCAAUGCAGCGGCAUGGUUUGCUUCUACACUAUUGUUGUGGAAGUCACGUCGGGAAUGUUAUUCCAAAUUCUAGUAGUCUAAUUUGUUUUCAUUAAAGGACGCAAAAAGUGUACAUAUUAAGUUUUCGUAUUCGUUUGUCAGGGUGAAGAUUUGUUCAAGAGUGACCCCUUUAAAAGCGACUUACCAGCAAGUGGCGAGGCUAACGGCACUGCAACAGGAAUAUCGAACGGUAAGUCUCGAGUUUCAGACGCGGUAAAUCUUGGCUGCUUUACUUUUGCCUUGAUAUGCUUUUUAAUCAUCGUGCUUGCGCACUUUUCCUUUUUCCACACACAGUUGACUUAUGAUUGGCUGAAAAAUCACGCGCUACUUUCUAGACCAGUCAGAAGUUAAACCAAAACUACAUGUGACAUUCUCACUCAUGCGCACGUGCCUCCCGGGCUUAGCUCCUGUUUAUUGUAUCUGUCGCGAGUUUUGAUUGGUUUAUUUGAUUGUUUGCUCGUUUUAUGAUUGGCCAGAUGAAAUUGCUUUCGUUUUGUUUUCACUACGCUAUUUCGUAAAGGGCUUUGAGAAAAUCAGUAUGUGAUGUGUACUUAUUUUUUCUUAUCUGUAGGAUUAUCCGCUUCACCUUCGAAAUCAGAUCCUUUUGCUAUGGAUCCAUUUCAAAGUACAUUCCCGAGUAGCAAGGUAAGUGCGAUGAUCAUUCUUCACUUUCAUCCAAAUUGGAAAUUUACUGCGAUGAUCAUUCUUCACUUUCAAAGUUCAUUGGCAGAGCAGCGCUCUCCGUUUUUCUAUUUGAUUUCACAUUUGCAGUCGACGUAAUAGGGCUAUUUAUACGAGGAAAAAUAAGACGCGUCUUUCAUGAGACGAGUCCUAAAUAAGACGCAAACUAUCUCGUAUAAACGGCACAUUAAGCCGCGACUUAGCAUAGACGCGUCUUAUCGAAGAACAGGUAGGGGCUGUUCUUAGAUAAGAAGCGUCUUUGCUAAAUUUCACACGAAAUGUCCCCUUUAUACGGGAUAGUUUGAGUCUUAUUUAGGACAGUCACGUCCUAUGUAAGACGCGUCUUAUUUUUCCUCGUUUAAACGGCCCCAAAGUGAUUUUCUUCACACUUAACCGUUAAGAAGGCCAGGAUUUAUUAAAUCUCGAAGGCGUUCUUGAUAUCAAAAAAAGGCGUGCUGAUGAAAUUUCGAUGCGGUGAAUUUGUUACAACCUUUUAAAGGAAUUUUUUACCUCUUUACGUCUCUUACAGAGUUCGACAGAUAACUUCUUUAGCUCAGAUCCCUUCAAACCAUCUGGAAGUAGUUCAGAUUCUAAGAAAACCACAGACAGCAAAGACUUGAGCUCUUCUGCAAAGGACCCUUUCAGCAAUCCUUUUGGUUCUGAUCCGUUUGGUGAGUUC